AUGUCCAGUCUCAGCACCGAUUGCUCGCAAUGGACAAAACUAAACGAUUUCAGCGAAUACAUUCAGGAUCUCGACUCUAAAACACAGUUUAAUAAGAGCUUACUAGAGUAUUGUAAGAGCGAGAUAUGUAACGCUAUCUAUGGCACAGGAAAUCCUGACAUAUCUGGAAUUGGGGUUGCUGUUGGUUAUGUUCUCGAGAUCAUACUGAGCAUACUACUAUCUCUUGCAGUCAUAAUGUCCAAGCGAAGUGGCAAGAAUAGCCAUGGGCGUGAAGUUGCAAAAGCCGGCCUUGAAGCAUUUGUCGACUGUGCUGCAUAUUUUGCACUGGCGCUACAGCUGGCUACGAUCGCUGUACUUGCUCGCAAAGACUAUGGUAUCAGCACUGCGGACUUGGGCGCUAUAGAAGCUCGAAUAUCCCAAUCUGUCGCCGUCGUUAGCAUGAUGCCGCUUCUGUACCCGGUUGCUCUGUUGGAGCCAGCAGCGAAAAGCAGCGCGAGAGCCAGUAUUAAACACAACGCCAGACUACUUCUCCUCAGUGUAACUGUUGCACUGUCAUUCUAUCCCUUCUUAUCGAGGUGCAUUCAUGCCUUUGACAUAAGCCCCAUCGGUGAGGGUAAGGGCUCAGAGGUAUCGCCUACAGACUGGAGUGUCGUUGAGGAUAUGUGCUUUCCCGCAGAGUACAGAAAUAUUGGGCGAUCGACAACUUUCAAAUCUCUAAAUGGCUUAGAAUUGACUGCCUCCCUGAUUACAUACAUCUUCACAUUCUGGCUCCUUGCUGGUCUACCUGGCACAUGCUACGACCAUGACGAGAAGGCAAAGGUUACCAAAGGAGCAGAAGACAAGGUCUCUUGGCGUGAGAGUGUCAACAAGUGGUUCAGUGACAGGCCACUUGCUGCCGUCCUUCCUCUUCUUGUGUUGGUUGGACUGACCAUACCACUGCUGGUGGUGAUCUUCACACUUAGAAACGUCCAGGAGCAAAUGUCGGAGAACAUGGGUGAAAAAUACGAUGGGAAUUACUGGGGAUUUGGACAGAUUGUGUCUAUCAUACUGUUUAUCCCUGUUGGAGUCGAAAUGGCAUAUCGGUUGAGAUUCAGUUCAGUACACGCAUACAAACUAGAUGGAUAA